AUGUCCGAGCAGCCGAUUGCGGUGGACCCGGACUUUUAUGCCACCCACGAUGCCUACCAGCCUAGUGAUUUCGAAUCGGAGACGACCUCGCUCGCCUCGUCGAUUUAUCGCGGUGUGAUGGAGAAUGGCCGACGAUACCAAACAAUCAAAGAGGGUGAAUACUGGGGUCCAUCGGACGAACAACAAUUCGAGAGUCUGGAAGCUGGGCACCUCGUCAACAUGAUCCUCGAUUCGACCUCGGACAACCCGCUGUUCCAGGCGCCCUUGAAGGACCCCAAACAUAUCCUCGAUCUCGGCACCGGCCGAGGCAACUGGGCCGUUGAUGUUGCCGAUAUGUUCCCGGACGCGAAUGUGCGCGGCGUCGACCUCUUCCCUCCGCCGCUGGACUGGCUCCCGCCCAACUGCGUCCUGGAAGUCGACGACGUACUCCAGGAAUGGACGUGGCGUACGCCCUUUGACCUGAUUCAUCUGCGGCAGAUGAUCGCGUCGUUUACGCCCGAGGAAUGGACCAAGGUGUAUAAGCAGUGCUACGACAACCUCGCCCCUGGCGGCUGGAUCGAACAAUGGGAAGGCGAUCCCGUAGUGCGGUCCGACGACGGCACAAUGCCAGAAAACUGCCACACCAAGGCCUUCGGAGUCGCCGUGCUGGAGGCAGGCAAAAGCUGGGGCCACUCGCUGGACACGAUGAACGAGAUGCGAAGCAACAUGGAAAAAGCCGGGUUCGUGGACGUGCACGAGAAGAACUACAAAAUGCCCGUCGGGCCGUGGCCUAAGGACCCAUUGCUCAAGGAGGCUGGUCGUCUGCAUUAUCAUCAGUGGGCGUCCGGUAUGGAGGGUUGGGCGCUCUAUCUUCUGACCAAGCAUGGCUCGCCGCAGCCGUGGACGAAGGAGGAGGUGCAGGUUCUUAUGGCGAAGAUCAGGACCGAGAUUCAGAAUCCGAGGAUUCACGUUUUCCAGCGCGCGAAACGUGUCUGGGCGAGGAAGCCUACGACUGAGGAGCUGGCGGCGAAGUCGAAGUCACAGUCGACGGAGCAGCAAGGAUCUGCUGUACCUCAGAUCAAACAGGAGCCUGCGGCGUGA